AUGGAAGAGAAAAUCGAUGGUUCCCAAUUACGUCAUCCUCACUUUGCUGAUGAUAUCGUUCCUAUGACAUCAAAAACUACCGAAGUGAAAGGAAUUCUAGGCGACCUCGACGAAGCUUGUGAUAAGACAUAUCUGGACUGUGAAGACAACAAGGACAGCGAGUUCGCUCCAGAGUUGAGCAGGAAGAAGCGAGCAGCUUGGGAAUUUUUGCAAGAGAAUCGCGGAUGUGUUGACGAAAACAAAGACAAUCCGGCUUCGUGCCCACCUUUCGACUCCAUGAUUCUCUACGCCUCAAAUUAUGCUUCAGAAACUUAA